AUGUUAAUUUUGCUGAUAUUUGUGGUGGCAUUUUUCUUACUUCUAUGGAAAUGGCUCGAUAUUCGGUCUAUAAAUGAGAUCAAAAAUAUUACUCGUCUUCUGUCUGCCGGUAACAACCAGCACACCCUAUCAAACGUGGAUGAGAAUUCGAAAAAUCAUGGUGGCGAGCUCGUAGCUUCCGUUCUAAAGUCUCAUGAUGUUCAAGAAAUUUUCGUUUUGUGUGGUGGUCACAUAUCGCCCAUUCUUGUCGCAGCUGAGAAGCUCGGUAUCAAAAUCAUUGAUACGCGCCAUGAGGUCACGACUGUUUUUGCGGCUGAUGCCGUGGCCCGUUUGCGUCAAUCUAUUGGCGUCGCUGCUGUGACAGCCGGUCCUGGUUUGACGAACACCAUCACUGCUGUGAAGAAUGCACAGAUGGCGGAAAGCCCCUUGUUGCUCAUUGGUGGCGCAGCUCCCACAUUGCUUAAAGGUCGUGGUGCUUUGCAGUUUGCUGCUCGUGUAGAACGUCUGCGUGAUAUUGUACCAACUCUCCGAGAAGCCAUAAAGGCGGCUACUUCAGGAUGCCCAGGGCCUGUUUUCGUUGAAUUUCCUGUAGAUGUUCUCUAUCCUUACCAACUUGUCGUCAAGGAAAUCGGCUUCAACCCUAAACCGAGUGGAUUCAUACAGAAAGCCCUGAAUUUUUAUCUGAGAUGUCACGUGUCCCGACAAUUCAGUGCUGCAUGGCAGCCGCAGGACAUUACUCCUCUACCGACACAAAUUCCGAUGCCUACACUCGAGGAGGUUGACAAGAUUGUGCAACUUAUCAGUUCAGCGAAAAAACCAGUCAUGUUGAUAGGCAGUCAAGCGAUGCUUCCUCCCGUCGUUCCUAAGGAUUUGGUGAAGGCAGUUGAGGUAGUAUGUUGUAGAGGCUGGAAAUCUCUUUCAGCAGCUUCUUUUGUUCUGCCAAUGCUGCUGGGGAUACCAGUGUAUCUUGGUGGGAUGGCCCGCGGUUUACUGGGAAAGGAAAAUCAUCUUCAAAUGCGACAAAAUCGAAAAGAUGCACUACGCGAUGCCGAUCUCACUAUCCUAGCUGGAACUGUGUGCGACUUCCGCCUAUCAUAUGGACGUGUGUUGUCGAAAAAGUCAAAGAUUGUGUGCAUCAACAGGAAUCGCAGCCAGUUGACCAAGAAUGAGAAGGCAUUCUGGAACGCCGACGUCUCUGUGCAAGCUGACGUUGCUUCUACUCUUGUCCAAAUUGCCAGUCACAUCGAAAAGACUGGCUAUAAGGUACCAUCUGAUUGGAUUGACGAAUUGAGAAGGAGAGAAGAUGAAAAGGAGGCCAAAAACGCAUCGAAAGCCACGGAAGAGUUGGCACACGGAUUCAUCAAUCCAUUGAACUUCCUCGCCCGCCUAGACAAG